AUAGCAACCAUGAAAGGUGUUCAUUUCCUUCUUAUAGUAGCUGUUUUGGCUUUGGCAACCUCCAUUGCCUCUGCUUAUGAUCCAAGCCCUCUGCAAGACUUUUGCGUAGCAACAGACGAUCCCAACAAGGCUCUAUUUGUGAAUGGGAAAUUCUGCAAGGAUCCAAAGCAUGUCAAGGCUAAGGACUUCUUCACUUCUGGGCUCAACAUUGCUGGAAACACUAGUAACCCAGUUGGUUCCGCCGUAACUACUGUAAACGUGGACAGAAUUCGAGGACUUAACACUCUUGGGAUUUCAUUGGUUCGCAUUGACUAUGCACCAUACGGCGAAAACCCGCCUCACAUUCACCCUCGUGGCUCCGAAAUUCUUGUCGUCGUGGAGGGGACACUCCACGUCGGUUUCGUGUCGUCUAACCAAGACGGAAACCGCCUAUUCACCAAGGUUCUAAACAAGGGAGAUGUGUUUGUGUUUCCUAUUGGCUUGAUUCACUUCCAGUUCAACCCGGAACAUAAGCCAGCAGUGGCCUUUGCUGGUCUCAGCAGCCAAAACGCAGGAGUUAUUACAAUUGCAAACUCAGUGUUCGGAUCGAAUCCUUCCAUCAAAGCUGAUGUCCUAACCAGGGCCUUCCAACUGGACAAGAAUGUUGUUAAAUAUCUUCAGAAGCAGUUCUGGUAUGACAACAACUAGCUAGAGAAACGACAAUUAAAACAGCCAUGAAUCUAGGAUCUUUUGUGUUAUGUAAUAAAUAGAAUGGUUAUGUGCUGUGCACCAUUCGAUCUCAUUUAAUUUUAUGAUUGAUUUACUGUUGUUGGAUU